GACGCGUCUUUGCCGCCGCCGCCGCCGCCUCAGCUCCGCAGCCGCGCCCGGGCCCCCUGCCCGCAGCCAUGAGCGCUCUCCGCCCUGGUAGAGCCCGCCGACCUCUAGAUUAGUUCUGCCGCCGCCCCUGGACCCGCCUUCACCAUGGAAUCGCCCGCCUCCAGUCAGCCCGCCAGCAUGCCCCAGACCAAAGGGAAAGCCAAAAGGAAGAAGGACUUACGGAUAUCCUGCAUGUCCAAGCCACUCGUGCCCAACCCCACACCCCCCCGGAACCUUGACUCCCGGACCUUCAUCACCAUCGGAGACAGGAACUUCGAGGUGGAGGCCGAUGACCUGGUGACCAUCUCAGAGCUGGGCCGCGGAGCCUAUGGGGUGGUGGAGAAGGUGCGGCAUGCCCAGAGUGGCACCAUCAUGGCUGUCAAGCGGAUCCGGGCCACCGUGAACUCCCAGGAGCAGAAGCGUCUGCUCAUGGACUUGGACAUCAACAUGCGUACAGUUGACUGCUUCUACACCGUCACCUUCUACGGGGCCCUCUUCAGAGAGGGAGAUGUGUGGAUCUGCAUGGAGCUCAUGGACACAUCCCUGGACAAGUUCUACCGGAAGGUGCUCGAAAAAAACAUGACCAUUCCAGAGGACAUUCUGGGGGAAAUUGCUGUGUCUAUCGUGAGGGCGCUAGAGCAUCUGCACAGCAAGCUGUCUGUGAUCCACAGAGAUGUGAAGCCGUCCAAUGUCCUCAUCAACAAGGAGGGUCAUGUGAAGAUGUGUGACUUUGGGAUUAGUGGCUACUUGGUGGAUUCUGUGGCCAAGACGCUGGACGCCGGCUGCAAACCCUACAUGGCCCCUGAGAGAAUCAAUCCGGAGCUGAACCAGAAGGGCUACAAUGUCAAGUCCGAUGUCUGGAGCCUCGGCAUCACCAUGAUCGAGAUGGCCAUCCUCCGCUUUCCGUACGAAUCCUGGGGGACUCCCUUCCAGCAGCUGAAGCAGGUGGUGGAAGAGCCGUCUCCCCAGCUCCCAGCUGACCGUUUUUCUCCCGAGUUUGUGGACUUCACUGCACAGUGCUUGAGGAAGAACCCUGCGGAGCGCAUGAGCUACUUGGAGCUGAUGGAGCACCCGUUCUUCACAUUGCACAAAACCAAGAAGACAGACAUUGCUGCCUUCGUGAAGGAGAUCCUGGGGGAGGACUAGUAAGGGGCGGGGCCGUGGAUUCCCUCUGGCCCUUCAGCGCCCCACACCCGCUCCGCUGGGGCACUGCUCGCCCACUCCCAUGAACUACUGCCACCACAGCCUUGGGUGUUUGGGGGAAGAAUCCAGGGGGCUGCUCUUGCCGGACUUGACAGCAAGCCAUUGGCCCCAAGUGCCAAAGAACCAGACCACCGGGGCCUUCAGCCAGGCCCAUGUGGGCCCCACCAGUGCCUCUGCCCCUGAAGCUCCACGGACCCCAAGUCACCAGCCCCUAAGAUCCUGAACUUGGACGGGCCUAGAUGGCCUCCGCGAGACCCUACUGCCCCUUGCAGAGAGGGCAGCCAGUGCCUGAGUACGGGAGACUGCCUGGGCCCAGCCCUGGAUGCCACCCAAGUUGUAUAUUUUUUUUUUUUAUCUCUUGACUGAAUGGACUUUGCACACUUUGGCCUAGGGUGGCCACACCUCUGUCUUGGCAGCGGUGUCGGGGGACACGGUGGGGGAUGAGCCACGUGAAUCCUCCUGCGCCCCCACGAGUGAGACGACAGAGCCAUGUGAGCCUUCAGCCCAGCACUGGCAAAUGGGGCCUCUAAGGGUACAUGGGCUCAACCCAGCCCCUGGCCACUGCCUAGGGAGUGGGGGGUUGUUUCACUUUUUUUUAAUUUAUCCUCUUGAUUUUUUUUUUUUUUCUUUUGCUUUGUGGGUUUGGCUGUUUUUUUUUUUUUUUCUUGCAUGGUGUGGAGCCGAUCACUUUUCUCCCACCCCCUAGGGACCAGCAGGUGGAUACCCCCUCUCUGUUCAGUCUGGGGUCUAGGGGGAUGGGCCCAAGGUCUCUGCUCAGAGAGGUGCUAGGGGAGCUGUCCAGCUCACUCUCCUUGGGGACCGGCUCAACAGGGGCUGUGGAUUUGCUUUUGGUGUUGUUUAGAAAAAAAAAAAAAAAAAAAAAGGAAAAAGAAAAUAUAUUUUUUUGAAGAAAGGACUGUGCCCAGGGUCUUAUCCCAGAUGGGUUGGGGCAGUUACCUGAUUGUUGUUUUAAUUUAAAAAAAAAAAACAAAAAACUGGGACAAA